GUGUAAACAAAUUUUUAAAAAAUUUAAUCGUGCUGAAUAUCGUACAGGUUGUCACUACUGUUUUAUCGUACUAUCUUUUAUACGGGUAUUUAUUGAAUAAUCUCUGUUUUUAAACCAUGGCAUAUAAAGACAAAGUAACAGGGGAGAACGUUUCAAAGUGUUUAUGUGUUAUACUUCUUGUACUGCAAAGCUGUAUACUGGAUUAUUAUUUGGUCGAAAACCAUUCCUUAGCUUGGAUUGGAUUUUCACUUGUUGAUCUCGUCAUCAUUAUUCUAUGGAUUGCAGCUUUAUACAUUGCUUCUAAACAGUGCCGAAAACAAACUCACGAAGUGAGAAAAGCAAUACGCACAAGCCCGGACGAGUUACGAGUCGCCUAUGUCGCAUGGCUGGUUUAUGCUGUGGGAUACGCCAUUCAAAUAUCAUUUAUAUUCAAAACGUUUGCACAUAAGUUGGACAAUGCUCAGACUACAACGAUAUUUGGGCAAAAUAUGCUGAAGUUAUCACUGACUAUAACACCAAUGUUGUUUUUAUUAUUAGUGCAUGCCCAUCAUGACGCGGUUCCAAAUACAUCUCGUAAGUAUUAUAUUGAAAAGCUGACAGGAUCAGUGACCAUUGACCUGAUGGAUAGUAUUGAGAUCUUGGAAAUAUUAUUCACAGAUGUAGCUGAAAACAAUCUCCCCACAAGCUUUGAAAAUACUAUUAUAGCAUUUGCAUGCAUCAAUGUGUUCUUGCCGACCCUUGCACUGCAUGCAUUAAAACAGAAAAAAGUAUGGCAUGGACAAGGUGGUUUAUUUCCAUCUAAAGUUUUAUACCACCUUUGCUAUAUUUUUCUUGUCAAUGUGCCCUUAUUUAUUAUACGCAUACUGCUUUGGGUUUGCUAUGAACAAGAUGUAUCUGUAUUUCUUGCCAAAAACUUUAUUCUGAUUGUGAUGAAUUCCUGGGAUAUUGUUGAGCAUUAUUUUCAUCACAAGAGACCAAGUUGUAGUGCUUCAUCCAACGACAAUGUUGCUCUGGAGGACGAACCAAGUGGAAAAGAUGAGACAGCAGUAAAUGCCCAUGACUCAGGUGAAAAUAUAAAGAUUGAGAUAUCUAGUUUGAAUGGGAAUGAAGAUGUGCAUUUGGGUAUGGGUUAUGUUUAAGUGUUUUUGGGAAUUUGGAUAUAUUAUAGAUUAUAUUCAACUUAUGUAUGUUAGAGAUAAAUACAGAGAACAAGGGAUGUAUGCUACAGUAUAUAUACACAUGUCUGAGGGACUGAAGGCGGGUGACAUUCAAAAGUGGUCUGGGGGCAUCCCCCCCGGAAAAAUUUUAAAACUAGAGUCUCUGAAACUGCCAUUUCCUGCACUUUAGAUGGAGAUUUACAGAGUUCUAAAGGUAACAAAAUGUCAUAAAAUAUCUCAAAUUGUUUUGUCUACAUGCGUAACUGAAAUAAUAUCAAUUAACUUUGUGGUUAAUUAUUGACCAUUGUUAAAAAGUGAGGGGAGCCCAAAGACAUUUAGGCCCCCCAACUAAAAAAGUGCCCCCCCCCCCUCCCCCGCUUCCGACGCCCCUGCCUCUAAAUAUACAAUCUCGUACCCAGAGCAAUGACUGUGCGCGGGCUAGGAUGGCAUUGGCUCUGGGGAAAUUGAAUUUUUCCUUUGCUGUUAUUUGUUUUAACGUUUAUCAAUCGUGCAUGCCGACAAAGAACCGGAACCCCUAAAUUUAGGGGUUCCGGUUGUCAAUUUCCCCAGAGCCAAUGCCAUCCUAGCCCGCGCACAGGCAUUGCUCUUGGUACGAGAUUGCCAACUAUACGCCUCCAUGAGUCCAUGUAAUGCCGGUUUUCCACUUGCGAAAUUUUUCGCGCGAAGCGAAUUUUUCAUUUGUCCUUGGUCUCUCAACUGGAACCAUCUGGAACUAAUUGGAUAAAGACAAAAGAAAAAUUCGCUUCGCGCGAAAAAAUUCGCAAGUGGAAAACCGGCUUUAAGCCUUCCAUGUGAGGCUUAAGCCUGGCGCACACUGAAGCUAUCAGCUGAGCUGAGCGUCACUCGUGACUGUUGGCGUAAGCAAGUUCCCCCAGUGUGUGGUGGCGUUUUGAGCGAUUUCAGCCACGCCUGCCAUUGGCACCGAAUAUUCAACAUGUUGAAUAUAUUUUUUUCUAUCACGAAUGAACAUUUCCUCCAAGCGUGCGCGCUCGAAAAGCUAUCACCUUUCAUUGUAGAUCGAAUAACUAUAAGCAUGCGUAAUAAAACAUAACACAAAAGGACCCAAAAGGAAAAUAAUUAAUGAGGAAUGUAAUACUUGAAUAGCGAGCAAAUGUUUGUUGUAAAUGAAGCUGCGGUUUUGCCAAACCCGAAGAAAGCCACAAAGUUUUGUUUAGCAGUGUCUUGAGAGUUGAUGUAUUCUUUAUUAAAAUUAAGCUAUUUCUAAUGACUAAUGAACAAUAUUAUACUAAGUCUAAAAG